AUGGAACAAUUCAGACAAAUCGGCGAGGUUUUAGGAAGUCUAAACGCACUAAUGGUAUUACAAGACGACAUAUUAAUCAACCGAAGACAAUGUUGUUUAUUGUUAGACAUCUUCAGCUUAGCAUUCACCACCGUCGCUGAAGAAAUCAGACAGAACCUAAAGCUUGAAGAGAAGCACACUAAAUGGAGAGCCCUUGAACAACCCUUAAGAGAGCUUUACAGAGUAUUUAAAGAAGGAGAGUUAUACGUUAAGCAUUGCAUGGACAAUAGUGACUGGUGGGGCAAAGUAAUCAAUCUUCAUCAGAACAAAGACUGUGUUGAGUUUCAUAUACACAACUUGUUCUGUUACUUCCCUGCGGUUGUCGAAGCUAUUGAAUCUGCCGGUGAGAUCUCAGGUCUUGACCCGUCUGAGAUGGAGAGAAGAAGAGUGGUCUUCUCAAGAAAGUAUGAUAGAGAAUGGAACGAUCCAAAGCUGUUCCAAUGGAGGUUUGGGAAACAGUAUCUUGUCCCGAAAGAUAUUUGCCUCCGGUUUGAGAAUUCAUGGAGAGAAGACAGAUGGAAUCUUGUGGAGGCGUUGCAAGAGAAGAGGAAAUCGGAUAGCGAUGAGAUCGGAAAGACAGAGAAGCGUCUAGCUGACUUGCUUCUCAAGAAACUGACCGGGUUAGAGCAGUUUAACGGGAAGCUGUUUCCGAGCUCGAUACUUGUUGGGUCAAAGGAUUAUCAGGUGAGAAGAAGGUUAGGUGGAGAUGGACAGUACAAGGAGAUUCAAUGGUUAGGUGAUAGCUUUGCAGUGAGGCAUUUCUUCAGCGAUCUUGAGCCGUUGAGCUCUGAGAUCUCAUCUCUUUUAUCACUUUGUCAUUCGAAUAUACUUCAGUACUUGUGUGGAUUCUAUGAUGAAGAAAGGAAAGAGUGUUUCUUGGUUAUGGAGCUUAUGAACAAAGAUCUUCAGAGCUACAUGAAGGAGAAUUGCGGACCGAGAAGAAGAUAUCUCUUCUCUGUCUCUGUAGUGAUUGAUAUCAUGUUGCAGAUCGCAAGAGGGAUGGAGUAUCUCCAUGGGAAUGAUAUCUUUCAUGGAGAUUUAAACCCAAUGAACAUUCUUUUGAAAGAGAGGAGUCACACAGAAGGUUACUUCCACGCCAAGAUAUCUGGUUUUGGUUUAUCUUCUGUCAAAGGUCAAUCUUCUAGGUCUUCUUCGAAACCUAGCACUACGUCUCCUGAUCCUGUAAUCUGGUAUGCACCUGAGGUAUUAGCAGAGAUGGAACAAGGUACAACAACAACAACAACAACAACAGCUCCGAAAUCAAAGAUGACGCACAAAGCUGAUGUUUACAGCUUUGCAAUGGUGUGUUUUGAGCUUAUAACAGGGAAAGUCCCAUUUGAAGAUAGUCAUCUUCAAGGUGAACCAAUGGCUUAUAACAUACGGAUGGGAGAGAGACCUCUCUUCCCUUUCCCUUCACCGAAGUAUCUCGUUGGUCUGAUAAAACGGUGUUGGCACUCAGAUCCGAGCCAGAGACCUAACUUCUCUUCCAUUUGCCGGAUUCUACGUUACAUCAAGAAGUUCUUGGUUGUGAAUCCUGAUCAGGGUCAUCCUCAGAUGCAGACUCCAUUAGUUGAUUGUUGGGACUUAGAAGCGAGGUUCUUGAGAAAGUUUCCAGGUGACUCAGGGUCUCACACAGCGUCCGUGACUCAAAUACCUUUCCAGAUAUACUCAUACCGGAUUUCGGAAAGAGAGAAGCUGAAUCCAAACCUGAAAGAAGGCGUAGGUGACUCAGAGGCAGGCGAAUCAGAAAGCGUUUCAGUGGUUGAAGAUCCACCUAAUGCCACGGUAACAAGAGAUACAAAGUCUUUGAAUUUGGAUGCAACGUCUGAAUAUUCGGAUACAAGAUCAGUAUACUCAGAAGCUCCUAUCAAAAAGGUCUCCGCUUUAAAGAGUGGUGAAUUGGUUAAGCUCAGGAAAAGUCCAAGCUUAGGUUCACCAAAGUUGAGAUCCACAGGGACUUCACCGGUAAAAGCAAGGUCAACGCCAAAACCUUCACCGUUGAGUCCAUUUGGAAGAAGCAUUAAAGCGAGGAAGGAUAAUCGAUUGCCUUUGAGUCCAAUGAGUCCACUAAGCCCAGGACUACGUAGAAAACAUACUGGUCAUGUUUCAGAUUCUGAGCUUACUUAG